AUGUAAAUGGAUAUUCCAAGUAUAUCAUAAACAAGAUUAAGUUCAAAAAAGUUAAGCCAAAGAUUUAGGAUUGAUAAAUAAGGUCAUCCAAUUUUAAGAGGAUUUAAGUUGCAUUCAGUUACAUUUAUUGAUGAUGUUGUUAUAGGAACAUGUGUUCAUAAGACAUUUCUUGUAGAUUGUUGGAAACAUCAUAAUAUAAAUGAUUUUCGUAAAGACUAAUCUAAAUGUUGUGAGAUAAGUUGA